AUGGCUACUCUUAUUCCGCCACCUUCGAAGCGUCAAAGGAAGCAGUUACAAGAGGUACAAGAAACCAAAAUUGUCCCGGACGAUAUCCCCAAUGUUCUCAUAAAAUUUCAAGCAGCAGAUACUGGAAAGACCGUUGGCGGAUCGGUUAGAGUCCCUGGAGGAAUAACUGAAUCCCAGUUAGAAGAGCUCUUAAAUAACUUAAACGGCCUGAUUGAUGAACCUGUUCCAUAUUCAUUUUCUUUACUUGCUGAGAAGAAUGAGCUCAUAGACAUAAAAGAUAAUCUUUACCACUCUGUGUUGAAGCCAGGUCUUAAGACAACGGAAGACUUUAUGACGGUUAUUUUCACACCCAAAGCAGUAUUCAAAGUAAGACCGAUUACAAGGUCAAACGCCGCCAUAGCAGGCCACGAGUCAACAGUUCUCUGCUGCCUGUUUGCACCCAAUAAUUCAGGCCGUAUGUGUUCAGGUGCUGGUGACUCCACGGCAAGAAUUUGGGAUUGCAAUACACUCACCCCUUUCCGAACAUUAAGAGGCCACACGAGCUGGAUUCUCUGCGUGAGUUAUUCUCCAUGUGGAUCGAUGAUUGCGACGGGUUCUAUGGAUAAUACGAUCAGAUUAUGGGAUUCAGAGACAGGUGAACCUCUUGGUAACCCACUUUUGGGUCAUCUGAAGUGGAUUUCAAGCAUUGCGUGGGAGCCCUUACACUUGGUUAAGGAGGGUGAAAAGCCAAGACUCAGUUCAGGAUCAAAGGAUGGUUCCUUAAAGAUUUGGGAUACGACGAGAAGACUAUGCCUCUUUACAUUAAGUGGACAUACAAAUUCAGUCUCCUGCGUCAAAUGGUCCGGUUCCAACAUUUUGUAUAGUGGAUCCCACGACAAGUCAAUCAAAGCAUGGGACAUUUCCGCUGACGGUAAAUGCUUACAGACGCUCAAAAGCCACGCACAUUGGGUAAAUCACUUAUCUUUAUCUACAGAUUACGUGAUUCGUAAAGGUUGCUUCGAUCAUGCCUCACUUAAGCAUACUUCUAAAAAGAUGACCGAGGCGGAGAUGCGGAAGAAGGCGAAAGAUGCUUACGAAGCUGUUGCUCAUAUUGGCGGCCUGAUUAAUGAGCGCCUUGUAACAGCGAGUGACGAUUUCACGAUGUAUUUCUGGGAACCUCUCAAGUCAAGCAAACCAGUUUGCAGAAUGACUGGACACCAGAAACUCGUAAACCAUGUUUCGUUUUCACCUGAUGGCAGACUUGUGGUUUCUGCAUCGUUCGACAAUUCAAUCAAACUUUGGGAUGGGCUAACUGGCAAGUUCUUGGGAACAUUUAGAGGUCAUGUCGCAUCGGUUUAUCAAACUGCCUGGUCGGCCGAUAAUAGGCUUUUAAGAGGUGGUCGUACCAAGGCGAAGCAACAAGAGGCUCCCGCCAGAACUGGUAUCAAAAAAGCCGAGUUUGAUUUGCAUAAAAAGAAGGAAGUUGGCGUCUCCGAUCUAACUCUCUUAUCCAAAAUUUCGGAUGAAUCUAUCAACGACAACUUGCACAAGCGAUUUAUGAAUGGUACGAUUUAUACCUACAUCGGUCAUGUUUUGAUAUCUGUCAACCCUUUCCAGGAUCUCGGCAUAUAUACCCAAGAAAUGUUGAACAUGUACAAAGGCAAGAACAGAUUGGAGGUGCCACCACACGUCUAUGCCAUCGCUGAGUCAAUGUACUACAAUUUGAAAUCAUACGGUGAUAGUCAAUGUGUCAUCAUUUCAGGAGAGUCUGGUGCAGGCAAGACGGAAGCUGCUAAGCAGAUCAUGCAAUACAUAGCAAAUGUCUCCGUUGAUGACCAGCUCGGGGGGGCCAGCUCCUCAUCCGGGAUUGGCAAAAUAAAGGACAUGGUAUUGGCUACCAACCCUUUGUUAGAGUCUUUUGGAUGCGCGAAGACCUUGCGAAACAACAAUUCUUCAAGGCAUGGUAAAUACCUUGAGAUAUAUUUCAAUCCCGAGAACUAUCAACCCAUUGCUGCCCAUAUCACGAACUACUUGUUGGAGAAACAAAGAGUCGUCCAGCAGAUCACGAAUGAGAGGAAUUUUCAUAUUUUCUAUCAGUUUACGAAGCAUUGCCCACCGCAAUACCAACAGCUGUUCGGCAUCCAGGGUCCCGGGACCUAUAUUUACACCUCUGCUGCUCAAUGUACUACCGCUGAUGGUAUCGAUGAUAAUAAGGAUUUUUCUGAGACUAUCAAUGCCAUGAAUGUUAUUGGAUUGCAACAGAGCGAACAAGACAGCAUCUUCCGAAUGUUGGCUGCCAUUUUGUGGAUUGGAAACAUUUCUUUCGUUGAGAACGAAGAAGGAAAUGCCGCAGUCAGAGACGAAGGGGUCACAACUUUUGUUGCAUACCUUUUGGAGGUUGACCCUGAGCUUUUGAAGAAAUCUAUCGUCGAGCGAAUCAUUGAAACUUCACACGGAAUGAGAAGGGGGUCUACAUAUCAUGUGCCAUUGAACAUCGUUCAAGCCAUAGCCGUGAGAGAUGCUUUAGCCAAGGGUAUCUACAAUAAUUUGUUCGAAUGGAUUGUCGAGAGAGUCAAUCGUUCUCUUAAGGAUCCAUCUCACAAUUACGAGAAAAAGUCUGUUGGUAUUUUGGAUAUUUAUGGUUUCGAAAUCUUUGAUCAAAACUCUUUUGAGCAAAUUUGCAUCAACUACGUCAACGAAAAAUUGCAGCAGAUCUUUAUUCAGUUGACUUUGAAGGCGGAACAAGAAGAGUAUGUGCAAGAGCAGAUCCAAUGGACCCCCAUUGAUUAUUUUAACAACAAAGUUGUCUGCGAUUUAAUAGAAGCCACAAGACCACAACCUGGCUUGUUCGCCGCUUUGAACGAUUCCAUCAAAACUGCGCAUGCAGACUCUGAUGCCGCAGACCAGGUAUUUGCCCAACGGUUAAGUAUGGUGGGUGCCAGCAACAAGCAUUUUGAAGAUAGACGGGGCAAGUUUAUCAUCAAACACUAUGCCGGUGAUGUUACUUAUGAGGUAUCUGGCAUGACUGACAAGAAUAAGGAUAACAUGUUGCGCGAUUUAUUGGAGGUCUUAUCAACCUCGAAUAAUACUUUUGUGAACAAGGAAUUAUUCCCAUCUCAUCUUCUAGCUGCUGUUACGGACAGUAAGAAGAGACCAGAGACUGCGUCGGACAAGAUCAAGAAAAGUGCGAAUAUUUUAGUCGAUACUUUAUCUCAAUGUCAACCAUCUUAUAUUAGAACCAUCAAACCCAACCAAACAAAAAGGCCGAAGGACUAUGAAAAUCAGCAGGUGUUACAUCAAAUAAAGUAUUUGGGGUUAAAGGAAAACGUGAGAAUCAGAAGGGCUGGUUUCGCGUAUAGGACAACGUUUGACAAAUUUGUACAAAGGUUCUACCUUUUGUCCUCAAAGACUGGCUACGCAGGUGAUUACAUUUGGAGUGGUGACGACAUAACUGCCGUGAAAGAAAUCCUCAAGUCGUGUCAUAUUCCACCUACAGAGUACCAAAUGGGCACGACAAAGGUGUUCAUUAAGACCCCUGAAACAUUAUUCGCUUUAGAAGAUAUGAGAGAUAAAUACUGGCACAACAUGGCUGCAAGGAUUCAAAGAGCAUGGAGACGGUAUAUGAAAAGAAAAGAAGAUGCCGCCAAGGUUAUUCAAACUGCAUGGAGAACAAAGAAGCAUGGCAACAAGUUCGAACAACUCCGUGACACUGGGAGUGAAAUCUUGGGCGGAAGAAAAGAGCGCAGAAGGAUGUCUUUGUUGGGUUCCCGAGCCUAUAUGGGGGAUUAUUUAGGCUGCAACCAAUCGAGCGGAUAUGGCCGGUUUAUUGUCACACUGGCAGGGAUCAACGAGUAUGUUGUUUUCUCAGCCAAAGGAGAAAUACUUUUGUCUAAGUUCGGCAGAUCCUCAAAGCGUUUUCCAAGAAUAUUCAUUCUCACGAAGAACAAUUUAUACGUUGUUGCUGAAGUUGUCGUCGAAAAGCGCCUAGCGUUGCAAAAGGAGUUCACUUUGCCUUUGUCAGGAGUCAACUAUUUGGGUUUGUCUUCUUUUCUGGAUAACUGGUUGGCGGUUUCGUUACAUACGGCUACUGCCAGUACGCCUGAUAUUUUCAUCAACUUGGAUUUCAAGACAGAGUUGGUAACUCACAUGAAGCAAUUGAACAGAGGCAUAACUGUUAAGAUCGGUCCUACCAUUGAGUACCAAAAGAAACCUGGCAAGUUUCAUGUGGUGAAAAUUAUCGUUGGAGCUUCAUCAGCACAAGCAGACAAUUACAAGUCUGGCAGUGUAACAGUUGGUCAAGGCUUAGCACCUACAAGCCGUAAUCCGAAGAGACCAAGGCCUCGAGCAACUGCUGUUGAUUACAGCAAGUACUACAACAGAGGAGCACAGAUGAAGCUGGCUCCUGCUAGCCGUAAUGGCUCGCAUGCUUUUCUGGCGCUGGCUGCUGCGCAUGCAUACCAUCAAGCUCAGCCAAGGACAGUCCCUGAGCUGUACCCCCGUGACAGAAGCACCAUUCCACAGCCAAAUGUCAAGCAACAGAAGAAGCCUCCACCAGCUCCUCCCGGGAUCGCCCAAGCUACUUAUCACCAGUCCAAUCCUCUGACUCCAUCAUCCUCUCAGCAAGCGCAAGUGAAGCCUGCUCCACCGCGGCCUGCUAAGAAAACGACUGCUCCACCACGGCCACCUGUCAAAAACACUGCCACGCCUACGUCUAAGCCUACGCCACUGGCACCACCACAACCGCCAUCAGCACCCUCGUCGCUGAGGGCUCUUAAGCCAAAGUUUCCUACUUACAAGGUUAUGUAUGACUAUGAUGGCUCUGUUGCUGGAUCUGUCGCUUUGGUAAAAGACAGCAUCGUAUACGUCGCAAAUGUGAAUGGGAAAUGGGGCCUUGUCAAAGACCUAGAUGAGACCUACGAAGGAUGGUCUCCUAUGGACUACAUGAAAGAGGUUGAACCGCCUCAGGAAUUGUUCUCGGGUAAUGGUGAUGCUAACAUUUCCUCGCUGAGAACGCCAGUUGCACCCCAGGAAGUGCAAUCCGAAGGAUCAAGACCCACCAUACUUCCAACGUCAUCUGGUAAUGGGCUCGGUAAUGGUCUUGCAGAUGCCAUAUUGGCCAAAAAAAGUGGUGACGUUACGUUAGCGGGAUCUCUCGCGGAUGCCUUAAAAAAACGUAAAGGAGCUACCGGAAAUGAUAGCGAUGAAGAAGAAGACGAUGAUGAUGAUGAGUGGUGA